CCCAACAUAAGAAGAAACAGAUUUAUGGGCGGACUCGCUAAAAUAUACCCCAGAAAAAGAGAGCAACUUCUCUACACUUUUUGUCAUAAUUUUUCAAUUGUUUCAAAAUCUGAAAUGCAAGCUGCUCUUCAAACUAGAUCAGUAUUCUUAAAAUACUACUCUUGUCAAAACAUUCUCAUAAUAAGCCGUUCCUUCCAAUCUAGUUCAGAAUCGUACGCUAAUUACAUCGACAAAUGUGGUCGUGAUCGAGCAUUAAGUUCUGGCCAAAGACUGCAUGCUUACCUUAUAACUACAAAUGGCCUUAAUUCUUUUCACCUGGCUUCCAAGUUCAUUUCAUUUUAUGCACAAUGUGGAAGAUUUUCCGAUGCGCGGAAGGUGUUUGAUAAAAUUCCUAAGACAAGUGUUCGCAGAUGGGUCGUACUGGUGGGAGCCUAUUCUCACCAAGGCUGUUAUCAAGAGAUUUUAGAUGUCUUUUUGGAAAUGCAGCAACAGGGAUUCCAACUAAACCAAUUCGUUCUGCCCAGUGUUCUUAAAGCUUGUGCACAUCUUUCUGAUAUUCCAACUGGGAAGAAGAUACACUGCGUAGUUCUUCGUUCUGCAUUGUUUGAUUGUGAUUCAUUCAUUAGUUGUUCAUUGAUUUACAUGUACUCGAAAUGUGGUCCUUUGGAAUAUGCAAGAAAUGUUUUCGACAGAAUGGUUGAGAAAGAUCCUGUUGCUUUAAACUCGAUGGUUUCAGGUUACACGCAACAUGGGUUUGCACAAGAAGCAUUUCAUUUGGUUGAGGAUAUGAAGAUAAUAGGACUCCAACCCAAUUUGAUAACAUGGAAUGCGUUAAUUGCUGGUUUUUCUAAGGUGGGUGAUCCAGAAAUGGCUUUGGAAACCUUUAGAAGUAUGAGGGCACAUGGGAUUCAACCUGACACUGUUUCUUGGACGUCAGUUAUAUCUGGGUUUGUUCAAAAUUUUCAAAGUGUUGAAGCUUUUGAUACAUUUAAACAGAUGCUGAGUUCAGGUGUCAGGCCUAGUUCCUUCACAAUCAGUGGUCUAUUACCUGCAUGUGCGAUAAUGGCAGAUUCAAGAUAUGGGAAAGAAAUUCAUGGGUAUGCAUUAGUAAAUGGAGUUGAGGAGGAUAUAUUUGUAAGCAGUGCUCUUGUCGACAUGUACUCAAAGUGUGGAUUCAUAUUGGAAGCUGAGAAGCUGUUUAUUAAGAUGCGUCAAAAGAACACAGUUACUUGGAACUCAAUGAUUUUUGGUUACUCAAAUCAUGGAUAUUGUAAUGAAGCACUUCAUCUUUUCAAUCAAAUGUUGAAACAGGAGGAAGUAAAACCAGAUCACUUAACUUUUACAGCAGCUCUUACAGCUUGUAGUCAUGCAAGACUGGUCGAAUACGGACAAAAUCUGUUUCAACUGAUGCAAGAAGAAUACAAAAUUGAACCAAGGAUAGAACACUAUGCAUGCCUGGUGGAUGUUCUGGGUCGAGCUGGUGAGAUUUUCGAGGCUUACGAUUUUAUUAAGAAAAUGCCGGUGAAACCUGAUGUGUAUGUUUGGGGGGCGUUUUUAGCAGCAUGUAGGAAUCACGGCAAUAUUGAACUUGCAGAAACUGCAGCUAAGCAACUGAAUGAACUUGAGCCUGAAAAUGCUGGAAAUAGCUUGUUGUUGUCGAAUUUAUAUUCAGAGGCUGGCAACUGGAGAAAUGCCGAGAGAAUGAAGAAGAUGAUGAAGAAGAAGAAGUUAACAAAUCUUGGAUGCAGUUGGAUAUAGAAAAUUCAAAAUUCGGAGAAGUUAAAUUUUGAGGUGUUAACUUUGGACUUCAGUGACUAAUAUUUCAUCAGUUUAUAGACAAUCAAACAUGGAGUCAGACGAAUGAAGUACGUUUAACGAACAUAAAUAUAAAAGAGUUGUAAAAAGUGAAGUAAAUGUAAGUCGGAUCAUGGAGUACUUAAUUCCAUAACGAAACGGGUACUUCAAUAUUUGUGUCAGGCACCUGAUCAAAAGGCUAUCUUCUUCCGAAUCGAGUUUCAAAAUCAAAUGUAAUACCAGGCGUAUCUCUUUGUUGAUCCUUUGAUAAGUUAUAAUGAUGAAACUUGUAU